AUGUCCUCUGUCGUCAACACUGCGUCGGCGUCGGCGUCGGCGUCUGCCUCUGCCGCUGCGUCAGGUAACUCUACCAUCUCUGCCUCGGCGUCCGGCAACAGCACCGCGAGCGCGAGCGCGACCAACUCGACCACCUCGUCCAUUCCGGCGACGGCUGCCCCCGGCUAUCUUGAGAUGGUGGUGCCCCCGCAGGACGGCUCGACGAGUUACUACAAGAUUGCCAGCGCCGACUAUAUCACGUUCAAGUGGAACAUGACCAGUGUUCUCUCCAUGCCCCAAUCCCUCACUCUCGUCGCCACAUGCACCGACAACGGCAACACGUACCCCGUCGGCCCGACCAACGGCACAUACAACACCAUCGCCGGCAACGCGACCCAGAUCGUCUGGAACCCCUGGGAGUGGGCCCAGAUGCCCAACCAGCCUGCGUUCGCGCAGGGUUCGUACACGCUGUCGAUCUGGGACCAGCGCGGUUCCACCGCCGGUGCCUCCGCUGGCUUGAUGUCGCCAUACUCUGGCCUCAAGUUUGGCAUGUACAACCCCCAGUCGUACACCCCGUUGGCAAACUGGACCUGCGCUACCUGCUCUGGCGCAAUGGAGAUGGUCCGCCAGCCCGCUAGCCUGAGUAUCCUCAUGAGCCUGCUCAUCAUGAUCAUCUCGGCCUUUGGCCUGCUCCGUCGCCUGUAA